AUGAAAGCAUUUACAUGUAAACGCCAUUUAUCCAGUUUUACUGUUACGAACGGGUGGAAGUUCCACUUGGAAAAGAAGAAUUAUUGUUUCCUUCCAUUCUGCAAAAAUAAGAAUAUCACAGGAAGUAGUAUUAACAACCGGAUGAAGUCUUACAGUACUAGUACCAGUACAGGAAAAAAAGCAGAAGAUGAAUAUUACCUGACCAUGGGAGACAAUAUAGAAAAGAGAUAUAGCUUAGCAUUAUAUAAUGUUGGAAAAAAUAAGAAUAAAAUAAAUGAAAUAUCAAAUGACAUAUUAUUUAUAAAAAAUAAUUACCUCAAGGAUAAAGCUUUUCUUAAUUUUUUACACACACCAAAUAUUGACAAUAAAGAAAAAUUAAAUUUUUUAAAAACAGAAUGUAAAAAAUAUAAUAAUAAUUUUAGUAUUAUAACAUCUAAUUUUUUAGAAUCCUUAUUUGAUUCAAAGAGAAUAAAUUACUUAUCAAAAAUUAUUGAAGAAUUUGAACUACUUCUAAUGAAGGAAAGAAAAGAAAUUAAAUGUGUUGUAUAUACAUCCAAAGAAAUUAAUAAUACUCAGAAACAAAAAAUCCAAGAGUCCAUAAAUUUUAAGUUAAAGAACGAACUAAAACCCCUUAUUGAGUACAAAAUCGACAAAAAUAUUCUGGGGGGUCUAGUGUUACAAAUAGGCAACCAAAUUUUUGAUUUUUCCGCUAAAUAUAAAAUUGAAAAAAUUAAAAGUACCUUGUCCUAG